CGCUCGCAGACGCCGCGCUGGAGAUGCAAGGCGUCCAGUGCACCUUCCUCUUUCUCGACGCGGACGUGAUCCGCUCCGGGCGGUUCGACGAGGCUGGCUACAAGACGACGUUGCCGCGGCUGCAGGAGAUGCAGGCAGCGCACCCAGAAUGGAUCCAGCGGCGAGUGCUCAAGCGGCACCUCGCAUACGGGCGUCACGCGUACCGCGGCGAGAUCCUCGCAGUGAGCCACCGCUGGGAGCAGCCCGACGCGCCCGACGCGAGCGGCGCCCAGCUGCGGGCGAUCCGCGAGCACCUUCAGAGCCCGGCCGGCCUCGAGGUGAGCUUCGCCUGGUGGGCUUCGUCUGGUACGACUACUGGUGCAUGCCGCAGGGCGAGCGGACGCCCACGGAGAAGGUCGACUUCAAGCGCAUGCUGCAGAAUGUCAACCUGCUCUACCUCGGCUGCUCCGUCCUCAUCCUGCAGGAGCUCUCCUACCUCUCCCGCUUCUGGACGCAGUUUGAGGCGUGGUGCAGCAUGCAGGCGGCCACCGGAGGCGGCCUUGGGCCGGCGCCCGCCGCAGAGCGGCGCUGCACCGUCGUCCCCAUCCACCAGGCCACGGAGGGGAUGGCGUCCGAGCUCAUCAUGAUGUGGGCGAGCCGCAGCGUGGACGAGGCGAUCGACACACUGGCGAGCCCGGACGUGACCGUCACCAACCAGUCCGACAAGGAGCUGCAGCUGUACAAGCUGCGAGAGCUCGACUCACUGGUACAGGAGGCCGUGGCGCAGUGCGAGAGCGAGGCAGCCGACCCCACGGUGGUCGAGAUUGCACCAGCGCCGGACCGCGGCUCCAAUAGCAUCUUUGAGCGGGCCGAGUAGAGUCGCGUUGUGUGUCAACGUUGUGUGUUCCACUGUUGGUGUUGCAUUAUGCAUGUCCAUGUGAUUGUGUGUGUGAUGCUGCGGCUUACAGAGAGAGAGAUUUUUUAGCUAUGC